AUGGCAGGAAGCUUCCUGGAACCUCACCUUCCCCUUUCUCUUUUUAACUCCUACCUCGCUUCUCCUCUCCGUCCCAAGUAAUCAACAUGAAGAUAAUGGAUUCCUUCCUCAGAUCCUUCCAGUUCCAGAAGAAGAGCAGGAGCAAGAAGAAGCGUAGUACCCUUUCCGUCGCUUCCUCUUCUUUCUCUUCUUCCUCCUCCGACGAGUAUUCCAUCGUCUCCGGCGGCGAUGGCGGCGGCGGGGGGUCGCAGAGCACUCCCCGAUCCGUCCUCCCUGUCGCCGCCGCCGCCGGAGACUCCUCCUGCUCCUUCCUGCGCGACCUCUUUGCCCUCUUCGACCGCGACGGCGACGGCAAGAUCACUCGCCUCGAGAUCGAGUCCGUGCUGCGUCGCUUGGCCCCCGCCCACGACCCCCCCACCGCUGAAGAGGUUGCCUCCAUGGUCGCCGAGGUCGACUGCGACGGCGACGGGUGCAUCAGCUUCGACGAGUUCGCAGCCGUCGAGGCCGCGCUCGUCGCCGGCGCUGCCGGCGACGAGCAGGAGCUCAUGAGGGAGGCCUUCGCGGUGUUCGACGCCGACGGCGACGGGAAGAUCUCGGCGGAGGAGCUCCACGGGGUGUUCGAUCUGUUGUUCCGCGACCGCGAGUGCACCGUCGAAGAGUGCCGGCGGAUGAUCCGCGGCGUCGACACCGACGGCGACGGGUUCGUGGGGUUCGACGAGUUCGUCUCGAUGAUGAUGGACGGCGGGGAGGCGUUCUAGCGAUGGGAGAUGAACGGUUGGAUGGAUGUCGAUAGUGUGAAUCUAGAAGUUUCUUGAUUUUGUUUGGGAUAAUUUCUCAUAAAGAUAAUGAUCGGUUGAUAAUUUACAAUUAAUUAACUUUUUAAUCCUCUUAUUAUUUAAA